CCUGCCAUAUUUUCUAGCUCCGUCCUUCUCUCCCUUGAUCCCUAGAGAGAUCCGACGUUCUCAGCAUGAGGAGCUCCAAGUCGGUGGAACUCCCUCUCUUCUUAGUCAUAGUAACAUCUCUUCCCUUCAUCCUCAAAGCAUCGUCUCCGCUGCCCAAUGCUCUGUACCGAGGCAGCUCCUACUAUGUGGAGAGUCCUUCCAUGGGCCUCCUGAUUUCAGAGAAAGGGACGUUCAAGGCGGGGUUCUACCAAGUGGGCGAGAAUGCUUUCUCCUUUGCCAUCUGGUAUGCCGAGACGCUCAGCCAAAAGACCACUGUCGUGUGGAUGGCUAACAGGGACUGGCCUGUUAACCGCAGGGCCUCUCGGCUAUCCUUCCGGAAGGGAGGCGAUCUCGCUCUGCUGGAUGCAGACGGCAGUGUCGUGUGGACGACGGCCACCAACACCAGCUCCGGUGCCGGAGUGGUUGCGGAGUUGUGGGAAACGGGGAACCUGGUGCUGCUGGACGGCGGGAGGAGGGUGGUGUGGCAGAGCUUCGAGCACCCGACGGAUACGUUGCUGCCGGGUCAGCCAUUAACCAGGUCCCUCCGGUUAGUGUCAAGAAGAGCAGAGGGCAUUUACAACAGUGGGUACCAUGUUGCGCACUUUAAUGACGACAACGUGCUGAGUUUCAUUUAUGAUGGCCCUUACACGUCCAGUGUCUACUGGCCCAACCCUGACAAUGAUGUCUUCCAGAACGGAAGGACCAAGUAUAAUAGUUCAAGGUACGCAAUUUUGGACGACAUGGGUCAAUUUAUUUCAAGUGAUGGGUUGCAAUUUUCUGCAUUAGAUUUUCGCUUAAGAGUCAAGAGAAGAUUAACGAUGGAUUUUGAUGGAAUUCUGAGGCUCUAUAGUCUCAAUUACACAACAAAAGACUGGCAAGUUUCAUGGAUGCCAAAAUUGGUAAGAUGUAGAGUUCAUGGCCUUUGUGGGGAAAAUGGUAUUUGUUUUUACAAACCAUUCCCCACAUGCACUUGUCCUCCUGGUUUUCAAAUGAAAGAUCCUACUGACUGGAGUCAAGGAUGCAAACCAGAAUUCGAUAUUGUUUGCAACAAGACAGAAGUGAAGUUUAUUCAGCUUCCACAUACAGAUUUCUAUGGCUAUGAUUCAAAUUACCAAGCACAGGCAUCAAUUGAAGCUUGCAUGAACAUAUGCAAAAGUGACUGCAACUGCCGUGGUUUUGGAUAUAAGCUGGAUGGAGCAGGAAAAUGCUUUCCAAAAAGCAUUCUCCUUAAUGGACAAUGUGGUCCUCACUUUGUUGGCGUCAUGUACGUCAAAUAUCCCAAACAAAUGAACUUUAGUGGCACUCUUGGCCAUUCCAAGUUAGAUUGUUCAAAAGUAAGUUCUCUUAACAAAUUAGAUAGAGCAUAUGCAGUUGGCAAACCACGGGGAGACUAUUUAAAGUAUCCAAUUGGUUUUGUUAUAGCUUUUGGGUUAGUAGAAAUCACAUGUGUGGUAUUUGGGUGGGCUUAUAUUCACAAGAAAAAAGUUGACCUCCGCAAUCUCAAUCAAGGUUAUGUGGCUGUAUCAAUGGGCUUUAGAAGGUUCACUUUCGAAGAGUUGAAGAAAGCGUCAAACAAUUUCAGUGAUGAAAUCGGAAGGGGAGGAUCAGGGGUGGUUUAUAAGGGAGUCUUAGAUGAUGAGAGAGUUGUGGCUGUAAAGAGCCUAGAGGGUCUAAGCCAUGGAUCAGAAGCACAAUUUUGGAGUGAGGUAAGCACCAUUGGAAAAAUCAAUCAUAUGAAUUUAGUGACUAUGUAUGGAUUUUGUGCCGAAAAACAAAAAAGACUGUUAGUUUAUGAAUACUUGGAAAAUGGGUCCUUGGAGAAGAACUUGUUUAGCAACAAUGCUAUGCUUACUUGGGAAAAUCGGUUCAAUAUUGCGCUUGGUACAGCAAGGGCUCUUGCUUAUCUUCAUGAGGAGUGCUUGGAAUGGGUUCUUCACUGUGAUGUAAAACCACAAAAUAUUCUUCUGGACAAGGAUUUUCACCCAAAAGUGGCUGACUUCGGUCUGUCCAAGCUUUUCGAUAGGGGUGGAAAUAACAUUUCUGAAUUUUCUCGGGUAAGAGGAACAAGAGGCUAUAUGGCUCCUGAGUGGAUUUUGAACCUACCCAUCACAUCCAAGGUCGAUGUAUAUAGCUACGGCAUUUUGGUGCUGGAGUUGGUGACUGGACGAAAUUCCUCUGGAUCUCAACAAGUAGGUGAAGACGAAGAAGUUGGAUGCAGACAACUAAUUCCAUGGAUUAGAGAAAUGGUGAGAACGAAUCAGAACUGGGUGGAAGAAAUAGCAGAUCCACAGUUGUUUGGAAUGUAUGACAACUCAAGCAUGGAAAUUCUAACUAAAGUGGGUUUGCAGUGUGUUGAAGAAGAAAGUGGUGUAAGACCAAGCAUGAGCCAAGUUGUGGAUUCCAUCACAGUUGCUUGCCUUUUUGACAGAGAAAUACAUGAAGAAAUUGAGUAGUUGCAAUCAUCUGAUUGCUUGGUUCAGCCACUACCUUUUGUUGUUUGUUUUGUACCUAUGUUAUAUUUUACGUGAGUGUGCAUUUAUUUGGGUGAUGGUAAUGUGGGUAGUCUUGCAACAAUUGAAAGAUGGUUAUCAUAUUUUUGAAGAUA